AUGGAAUUCCUCUCUGAAGCUGGCGUGCCCGCCGUGGCUAUGGCGUCGGCCCUUUCGGUGGCUGCUGGUGCCUAUUUAAACGCAAAGCUCUCGAUUUCCACGGAUGUAUCCGCCAUCUUGAACGAUAGGGCCUUUGGAAAGCGCCUCGGAGAGCGCAUCGGCCAGCUCGGCGAGUCGGCCACGAUCUAUAAGAUGCUUGAGCGGGUCGUCGAAGUGGAAGGACAGGGAGAUGCAGAUGCUCUCUGGUUUGAACACAAGACCUGGUCGUACGUCCAAUUGAAAGAGUUGGUCGACCGGUUUGCAGCUCUACUACGUAGCCGAGGGGUGAAGUACGGUGACUUUGUGGGUGUCUACACGACGAACUCGCCUGAAAUGGUGGUUACGCUCUAUGCGCUCUCAAAGCUGGGUGCGGUGGCCGCCAUGAUCAACACCAAUUUGCGGGACGAUACAUUCAUUCACUGUCUCAAUGUCUCUGGCUCCACAUCCAUCAUCUCCACACCCGAUCUGUGCCAACACGUUUGUGUCGACUUGCCACAUUUGACAUUCAAUCUUUCUUCAUUCGAUGGCGUUGAAACUGGUGCGUCGGAGCUUGUCACUUUUGCCAGUCUCCAGCAAUUCUCUCCAUUUGGACUACAAGCGGCCAAACGUGGCCUCAAAGAUCUCACAGCCUUGAUCUAUACAUCGGGAACGACAGGAAAGCCGAAAGCAUGCGCCAUAAGAAACAUGAUGGCCCUCAUCACCUCCACGGCUCUGUCAGCAGACGCCAACAACAGAUCCAAAUAUUACCCCAUGCGAACAUACUGUUCCCUCCCGCUUUUCCAUGGCACGGCAUUUUUCACUGGAUGCUGUUAUUCCGUUGGAAAUGCCGGGACGCUUUGUCUGAGACGCAAAUUCUCAGCGUCCCAAUUUUGGAAAGACGUUCAUGACUCGCGGGCGACACGAAUCCUCUACAUUGGUGAACUAUGCCGAUAUCUCCUGGCCACUCCACCUUCUCCCUACGACAGCAACCAUAACUGUAUCGUCGCAGCGGGCAAUGGCCUUCGAGGCGAGAUCUGGGAACGCUUCCGCCAACGAUUCGCCGUGCCCGAGGUGCGCGAGUUCUACCGCUCCACUGAGGGGUUGGCCAAGUUCGACAACCAUGGAGUCGGCGCCUGGGGUGUCGGCAAGGUUGGUUUCUCAGGUCCCAUUCGCCGGUUCCUGGAGGAUGACACGUUCAUCGUCAAAUACGACACCGAGACCGAGAUGCCCUACCGUGAUCCCAAAACUGGAUUCUGCAUUCGCGCUAGCUUGGGCGAGGAAGGUGAGGCGAUUGGUCGUGUGCGUGAUCGGGGACUGUUGACGGAAUACUUGCGCAAUGAGGAGGCUACGGAGACAAAACUACUUCGUGAUGUCUUUGAGAAGGGGGACCUUUUCCAACGCACGGGCGAUCUUGUACUUCAAGAUCAUUUAGGAUGGAUUGGUUUCCGCGAUCGUGUUGGUGACACCUUCCGCUGGAAGGGUGAGAACGUCAGUGCAGGUGAGAUCCGCGAUCAUAUUUGCCGUAUUGAGGGUGUCCACGAUGCCGUGGUGUAUGGUGUAAAACUAUCUGCAUACGAUGGACAAGCUGGCGCCGCUGGCAUCACCCUGGAGGAUCACUCACAGUCGGUUGAACUUAAGCUCAUGUCAAACCUUUACACUGAGCUCAAGAAGAAGGGCGUUCCUUCAUACGCUCUACCUCGCCUAGUCCGAAUUACAGAAAAGGUUGCUACCGGUGCUACCUUCAAGCAAGCAAAGGGCGAUCUGGUAAAGAAGGCAUGGGAUCCUCGCAAGGGUGGAGAGGGUGACACGAUGUACUGGCUGAAUGGCACAAAGUACCAAAAGCUGGAUGACCAGGGCUGGUCACAGAUUGAGAGCGGCAAAGCCAAGUUGUGA